CGAGGGGCAGAUUUCAGUCUAUAAAAGGAGGUGGCAACUGUCUCUGGUUUUCAGGCUCCAGCAUCCCCCAUCACGAUGUGGCACCUCAAACUUUUCGCAGUGCUCAUGGUCUGCCUGUUGCUGUCAGGCCAGGCAGAGAGCUCCCCAGUGCCGCAACUGAGUUCAGCAAAGAGAAGGCUGCGGAGAAUGACCCCAUUUUGGAGAGGAGUUUCCCUCAGGCCCAUUGGGGCCUCCUGCCGGGAUGAUUCUGAGUGCGUCACCAAGCUAUGCAGAAAGAGACGCUGUUCCCUAAGCGUGGCCCAGGAGUGACGUACACACCAGGGGCGAGGACAGCACUCACAGCCAUGCUCCGUUCUAUGGAAUAUUGGUUCACUGCAUACUGGCUGGAGACACUUAGGUGAAGCAAUCUCGUGUUUUUAAUAUUUAAAGACAGAUAUAUGCUUCAAACUGGUCUUCUUUUCUUUUUAGAGUAUUGAUGUUGAGCGUAUCUAAACUUGUCAAUUUAGAGUUUAUUUUUCUAUGUAUACAUUAAACGUCUCAAAUGUGAAAUUUUGGCAGUCUGGAAUUUCAGCAUUGGAGUGGAGUAAGGGUUCACUUUGUGUACUACAGAAGAAAACGGCUUUGCCUAAUAAUAACAUGUUACUUCUCCAUCUUGAAAAUUAACAGUGAGUAGUAAUGAAAAGUAGUGAGGGUUAACGUUUUUGUUCAAGAAAUAAAGGCCACACCGGCAGGCUACAGGCGUUAAGUUUAGUAAUAGCUGUGUGAUCAGCAAGUUCAUAAGCUGUGGCCCUGGAUCCCAGCCCUUCACUCCCUGUGAAAUAACUCUUCAGUAAGGUGCUGAAGACGGGCAAUGUUGCCACUAGCCACCUGAUGACGUGCCCACGUUUGCCUGACUGAAUAGAAGGCAGAACUGGAAGAGACUCUAGUUUAAUAAAAAGUAAAAGCCCAAGCACCAAGAGGAGAAAAAGGACCUUUCUGAGCUUUUGCUUGGAGCAGGGCGAACCCUGAUCUAUGUGCAAGGACCGAGGGGGGGGGGAGGGGGCAGCAGAGCGCCGGCUUUCUGGGAUCAGAAAGCAAGACCUAGAUUGGAGGGACCAGACUCUGGAGGGAGAGUAGCACUGGGCCCUGAAACGCAAGGCAGGAAUUACAUGAAAAGGGCAGAGUGAGCAUCGACAGUGCUUAUAAACUUUAAUACAGAAAAUCUAUUUGAUGUUUAUUAAACUUAGUUCUCCAGCUAUGGUUUGGCAUUAUACAAAGCAUCUUUAAUGACACAGGAGAGUUAAAAAGAUCUUUACAAAUUGAAAUGUGAUACCCUUGUCUCCAAAUAUUUUAAUUGCCAUAAAUUUAUUUAAAAAUACACAUUAAACGCAUGUUUGACACUCUAAACUUUCUAUAAUCUCAAUACCACAAAAUACAUAUAAUAUACUAUACAGAUGUGGAAAAAUCUAGUUAGUAUAUAAUACUUUGCUCACCAUUAACAGCUUUAUUAUGUGAAAUGCACAUACUGACUUAGAAAUCCUAGCUUUUGAACCCCAAAGUACCUCUGAAAUUUUAACAUAUUGCAACAAAUAAAAAUCACAGUAUAUAAUUGAAAUUUUGGUUGAAAAUGUCAGAUGCCUAAAUAUUCCGGAUAAGAGAAAUGUAAAACACAGAUCUGGGUCAUGUACAAAACAAAGGCAUCCAAUUGGACACUAACAGUACCUUUCUGCAGAAUCAACGAGGCUUCUAAUUUAUUGGCGUUGCCACCUCCCCUCCAAAACCCUCCCCAAAUAUCAAACCAUUAUUCACCAAAUAACUUUAAUUGCAAAUAAGAUAAAAGGAUUUUCAAUAAAUAUAUAAGCAUCUCCACCCUCCAUAUACAAAAUUUCUUAAAACCAUUCAAAACGGAGGCUAGACAAGAAAUUUUCAUACUGUGCUUCCCAACCCCAUGUCUGGUCCUCAAAGCCGGUGCUGGCUCAGGCACUGCUCCGUCCGUGAGCCCAGCCCCGGCUGUGAGCCCUGCCCUGGCCGCCCCCACCCGCCCCCAGUACUGUUGAAUGCUCACGCCAAUGGCUUGCCAGGUGUGUGCGUAAGGUUGUAAAAUAGGGACACUUCUGAACAGCAACGACGAAGUCGACAGUGUGGAUGAUCAUGGCAUUGACUUGAAAGGCAGCAUUUCCAAAGAGAUACAUAUUUUCCAGAGAAGAACAGAGCAGGGAGAAAAUUCCAGCGGUGACAAGCUGAAAAGCAGCUCCAUGUGCAAGCAGGAAGAGGUGAAAACUGAGUAUUACUAGAAUUUCUGGGUGGGAGCCCCCCCCUUAUUUAGAGAACUUUUUUGUUUCUUUUUAAAGAACAGCAGUGGAGGCUUAGCUGAGCAAUGGUGGCAAGGAGAGGUCACUACUGACAUUCCCAAAAGUCAUCUUCACUACGAGAGGACUGGUUGGACUAUUUUGUGAUGCUUCAAGAUCUACACGACUUGGUUUAGACUUAACUCUGACGCCUUACUCUGUCCCCAAAUUCUACCAAAAAGAAGAGACUUAAGUAGUCUUUCCAUUCCCUUUUCUAAAGACAGUAAGUUCUCUUUAAUUCACCAUAGGGUUCAACUGAAUGGAAUCAGCAACUGCUUUACGAACUAUUAAAACUUGCUUCCUGUCACUUGCCAGUCUUGUUCUAGGGUUUAGGGGAUCUGAACUAAAUUUCUCCUUUGCUGAGUAGGAGAGAGACAUGCCACAAACAUGACCAAUGUGGCCUCCUGUCACUACAUAUUCUAGCUCAUUCCAUACUUAGCUCUUCUAGUUAUCUUACAGAAUGGCAACCUUAAAUGUGCAGUAUUAUUUAUUACUGGAAAAAAGUCUGCCUCCAACACACUGAUAUAUGACAUUGAAAUGAAGUCUACGUUCCAAGUAAUUAGGGAACACGAGUUAUAGGAGUAUAUAUAUAGAUUUGAGAUGCAUUCUUAAUUUUCUUAGGUUUUGUUUGUUUUUAAAAACAUCACCACAAUCUGCCUAAAAUCAGUCAUUCCCAGAAGAUGUUCCUGAGACCCAGAAGCAAACUCCUAUAAUUCAAAAUACAUGAGGCCGUUUUGUCCAAUUAACAACUGGAAAAGCAAAAUUUUUCCCACCCUGUAAGAGCCCUAUUAUUCUACAAAAGGGCUCAAAUAUAUUUUAAAAGUUAAUUUACUACAAAUCAUAGUAAUUAAGCUUUAAAGAUCUAAAAGGAAUACACAUUGCACCCUUGAACGUUAAGAUUCAAGGUGUCAACAAGAAAGUGUCUUAGAUCAAUUCAAUAAAUAAUGUGGAAAUAGUUGCACUAAGCUAAAAUACUAAACACACACAUUUUUGACAAACUAAUUUCAUGUUUCGUACAUACAUACAUACAUAUAUAUAAAGCAUGUGUACAUAGUCUUAAAGUCCAGAGUUGCAUACCCUCACACCCAGCAGAGGCACAGUGUGCCUCUCCUCUGCACCACCAGGCACCGCGGGCUGGAGAGCCCACCAGCUGCUCUGAACCCCCGCGGAGUGCUGCCGGCCCCCAGGGCUGGAACGUUCCUUUAGAACAGGUGCCUUUUUGUAAGCGCUUGCUUCGCUGCGCAAGCUCAUUCAAUAAAGGUGUCAUCUCCCAAGGUUUCUGUCACUCAACACAAAAUGAUGCUGUCUGAGCUGGCUGAUUAACAUUUCUUUAGAGGAAACAAACAACAAUUAAAAACAACAGUGAAUCUAACGAAGCCAUAAGUGUGUCCUUCGGAGCGCGGGCAGAUGCACACGCUGCUCUGGAUGCUUUUGUGCCGGAGAACUGGUGCCAGUCAACCUUCUCCGCUCCUCAGCGACUUACAACCAUACAUUUAUUGGAAGCAUUCAUUGCUUUUAAAGUCAGUUCUUGGCUACUCGCCCCAAAAAAGGUGGCACUGAGGCAAGAAAUGGGCUGAAUGCUCUCCAGCGCAGGCUGGACUGUAGAAGCUCACGUGGCCUGGAGGGCAGCCCCCCCAGCCCAGCCCGGGCUGCAAGGCCACAGUGCCCCUGCUUCCCCUACAUGCAGUCUGUUCCUUGGCUGCCCGGGAGGUGCCCAGAGGUGCGGGCUGCUGCCUGCUGGCACACAAGUGUGGUCUACAGAGCAGUGGACAGAGCGUUGUAAAGAGCUGCUAUUCUAGAGUUAGCUAUAUAUUAAGUACAAGUCUCAGACUAAGUGAGUUUUUAGCCACUUGUCAAAUUCAGUUGUAAAUGGCUGGAGAACACUGAAACACCUACUGAGGAAGAGGAAGGGUCACCUGCAGUGGAGCCCAAAGCACGUGCUGGAGCCGAUAAAGACACAGACAGAGCUUCCGGGAUGGACUCAGGAGAGGGAGUGGUGUUUCCACAGACAA